AUGUCGAACAAGUUUGCUAUCCUGCUGGCAUUCCUGGUUGCAGUAGUUGCCUGGGCACAGGCAAAACCCAUGAUUGUUGGUGGAUUCGAGAUCAACAUCGCCGUUACUCCGUACCAAGUGUCGCUGCAGUACUAUAAUCGACAUCGCUGUGGAGGCUCUGUACUGAGCAAUAAGUGGGUCCUGACUGCAGCCCACUGCACAGUCGGUACCGCGACCAGUAGUCUCGCCGUACGUUCAGGAUCAUCGAGGCACGCAUCUGGUGGAAUUGUUGUACGCGUUCAACGAGUCAUCGAUCACCCGAACUACGUCGACGGCACCUUCGACUACGAUUUCUCGCUGCUGGAAUUAAGAGGUAGGCUUACCUUCAGUGGCGUCGUCCAGCCGGUUGCUCUUCCCGAGCAGGAUGAACCAGUGAAGGAUGGAACCAUGACAACCAUCUCUGGCUGGGGAAACACCCAGAGUGCUGCUGAGUCUAACGCCGUUCUUCGGGCUGCCAACGUUCCGACCAUAAACCAAAGUACCUGUAACAAGAACUACGAGCGUUUUGGAGGAAUCACCAGUCGCAUGUUGUGCGCCGGAUACCAGCAGGGUGGAAAAGACUCUUGCCAGGGAGACUCGGGCGGCCCUCUGGUGGCAAACGGGAAACUAAUUGGUGUCGUUUCGUUUGGAUAUGGUUGCGCGCGUGUUGGUUAUCCAGGAGUGUACUCCCGUGUGGCUAUUGUGCGGAGCUGGAUUCGUGAAAACAGUAAAGUGUAA